CAGGUUGUCAUUUCCUCAUUUUCAAGCCUGGCCCCUCCUGCAGGCCAGAAACCUCUUUCAAGCUCCAGAUCGCGCGGGGCUCCUGGGAGAGCAGUGGGUCCCCGCCCACCUUGCCGGGGGCUCUUGGAUGGGACUUUGCUCUGGACGGAGCCAUGGACCUCUGGCUUUGGCCACUGUACUUCUUACCAGUAGCUGCAGCUCUGAGGAUCCUCCCCGAAGUAAAGCUGGAGGGAAUUCUGGGUGGAUCUAUUAUCAUCGAAUGCCCGCUUCCUGAAGUGCACGUGAGGAUAUACCUGUGCCGGGAAGUAGCCGAGUCUGGAGUAUGUGCCACUGUGGUGUCCAACAAGAACUUUGUCAGGGAGGAAUACAAGCGCCGAGUCACCCUGAAGUCACGUCCAGACAAGAAUCUAUUCCUAGUGGAGGUGAUGGAGCUGACUGAGAGUGACAGCGGAGUCUAUGCCUGCGGGACGGGCUUGAACACGGACCGGGGCAAGACCCAGCAAGUCACCCUGAACGUCCAUAGUGACUAUGGGCCAUUCUGGGAAGAGGAGCCAAUUCCUGAGAUUCCGACAUGGCUCAGUAGAUUUCUACAAAUGCCGAUGCCCGCUUGGCUCCAUGUGCCUGAGCUCGCCAGUUCUUUGGAAUUCACAUCCAAAGCAGCUACCACACCAGCUCAAAGGAUGGAGGCCUCUCCAGCGACCCACCCUGCCCCCACCCCUCCAACCACCCACAGCCCUCGAGUUUCCAGAGCAUCUCCAGUAGCAGCUGCCAAGCCCCCAACCUUCCUGCCAUCCACCACAGCCUCAAAGACCUCAGCUCAGGAGGGACUGCUUAGGCCCCAGACAGCCAGCUUCAACCACCACACCAGGCUUCACAGGCAGAGAGCCCUCAACCACGGCCAUCCCACGCCCCAGGUGGAAGACCAAGGAUUUCACAUCCUCAUCCCCACCGUCCUGGGCCUCAUCCUGCUGGUGCUGCUGGGGCUGGUGGUGAGAAAGGUCAUUCAAAGGAGGAAAGCCCUCUCCAGGCGGGCCCGCCGACUGGCGGUGAGGAUGCGCACCCUAGAGGCCGCACGGAGGCCGCGCGUGUCCCAGCGACCUCGCUCCCAAAACAACGUCUACAGCACCUGCCCUCGGCGCCCUCGGGGGGCGGACGCUGCGGGUGAGCGGCAGGACCCCGCCAGCGGCCCCGGAGCCUCAGCGCCCCCCGCCCCGCCGCAGGUGUCUGAAGCUCUCUGGCUCCAUGCCGCAUCUCUGAAGGCCAGCUGUGAAUGUGUGAGCAUCUACCACCAGCCCGUUGCCAGGUUGGAGGACACUGAUUCAGAUGACUACGUCAAUAUCCCCUCCCAGAUUCACCUCUCCAGCUGUCUCCCCGGGCCCAGACCUUGGUGCCAAUGAGCCUUGUCUGUCUGCUGGCUUCCCAAACUCCCUCUGUUUCUGGAGCCCUCAUUUACUUCCCACAUCUCACCUCGAAUUUUGUCCCUGUUUCUCUGCCCUGAGCAUACAUAGCUCAGUGCCCCCAACUCUUCUUGCACACCUUUGCAGCCCCUGUGGUUUUCAGGUGGGCUGUGGGUAUCCAGAGCAUUUCUCCUGAUGUGGCUUGCUUCCUUUCCGAGCCAUAUCCCUUCUCUUAACUUUUCUGAGCAAGGGCCUAGGCAGACAUUGUAUCUCUGGAUCAAAGUCAGCGACAAAGUUCAGCCAGAGCUUGAGACUAGAAAAUGCCCAGUCUUACUAUUAGGGAAAAAGCCCUUCCCAGAGACACAAUUCAGCCUCACUGGGCACGUGUCCAGAAAUAGAAAGGAGAGGCUGCCAGACUUGAAUUCCUUGGCUCUUAUUAGCAGGGAAUGUCAUUAGAUUGGACGGUACAUCCAGUUAUGAUGACACUGUAGCCUGACUCUGGCACCUGCUUGAGCAGGAGAUAAGGGAAGGAUGAGUAGGAUAAGAAUGAAGGUACCCAAGGGGAAAGGAUGGUGGGAGGGGGAUGGGCAGUACCAGCAAGAACAGGAAUGUUUGGCGAGUGCUUGCUUUGUGCUGGGUACUUAUUGCACAUUGUAUCUUUUAUCAUUUACACUUCAAACCAGUGCCUGUCACCCCCACCCCAAUGCCUGUUCCUUCAGAUCCCAUGACAGUGUGAUUUCCAUGCCCUCGAGUUCAGCUUCACCUCCCAGCACCCCUCCUUGUUCUUCGACAUUUCAAAGACAGGCAAAAACUCCAGUUUAUUAGGCAUUUACCAAGUAUCUCUUCACUACCCCACAUGGCGAUGAGGCUUUUGGAGGAGAGAGAGGCCUGGGGCACUAUUCCUGCUGCCUUCACAGAACUUACAGUCUACAAAUAAAUACACGUCAGUUAAAACACC